AUGAACGUCCAACUCCGUGACAUUACCGUUACAGCCCGCGAUGGGCGCGUAUCCCACCUCGACCAGGUGUACAUCCGCGGCUCACACGUUAGGUUUUUUAUCGUGCCGGAUAUGUUGAGGAAUGCUCCAAUGUUCAGGUCUAGAGCUGUACGCGGUAGAGGGGUUGGGCUGGCGAGGGGAAGGGCUACGGUUAACCGUGCGAGGGGUCAACAGAACCGUGGGGGGAGGGGGACGGCUUGAUCUUUUGAUGGGGGUGGGAAGUUUUGGCGGGGGUAGUAGAAGCAGCGAAGUAGUAGCAGUAGUGGAAAGCGGUGCUGCUUCUCGAUUUUCAGUGCGGUGUAUAAUAUCAGUGGUUGAUUGGUGGUUUACUGUAGUCUGGGUUUUACCUAAAUGCUACAAUAGCAAAGAGAGAGAACUAAAUGUAGUGACGACAUGAUAUAUAUACAGUACAAAACAAUGAAACUAAAGUAGUAGCUUUUCUAUAAA